UCAAUAUUUCAAAUACACACAGGAAGUAUAAUGGAAGUGAAGGUGUGUUUAGAUUGAUCAACAUGAUCAUCUAUUUAAAGAGCAAAACAGUACAUGAUAAAAUAUAAAAUAAGAGUAACCGGUGUGUUUAGAUUGAUCAACAUGAUCAUCUAUUUAAAGAGAAAAAAAGUACAUGAUAAAAUAUAAAAUAAGAAUAGCUAGGGCGGCCAUACUGCCCAUGCCUACGACUGAUUUGUAUAGUCUUACAAGAAAUGUCAGCAUAUAGCUAAUCAUUGUACUAUCUGUGAAAAGACAACUAAGCAAUCUUUAUUCUUCGGUCGACUCCUCCUCUUCGGUGUAACUCAAAACAUAAAAGGUUCUUUGCUGAGCCUUAACUCUUCGCCAGUUCCUUUGAAUCAUCAGGUCUUCGGUAUGGCUCAGGGACGAAGUUUCUUUGGGGACAGGAGGGGUAGUGGCCUCCCCGGGCUAGAAGUAGAAAUUAUAGUUUAAAAAAAUAGUUAAAGGCCUACUAUUUCCAAACUUAGGCUUUGGCCCCUCCCGAUUCCUCACAGGCUCCAAUAGACGAAUUCUCCAAGCGACGAUUCUUUAAGAAAUCAAAAUCGAUUCAUGCCAAUUGCCCAAUUCGCCAAUCGAUGUGUCGCUUUCUUGUCUGCUGUCUCGUUUGUGUGAUUGUGUUGCUGUCUCGUUUGUGUGAUUGUGUUGCUGUCUCGCCUGCCGCCUGGUCUCACUCUUGCCAUUUGCCAUCGCCAAGUCGCCAUUCACAGAAAUCAGCCUCAAGUGUUCUUCAAUUCGGCUAUACCAUGCUCUUGGAGCCUGUUUCAGGCCAUACAAGGCCUACACAUCAUCCUCUUGUCCUUUUACAGAAAAUCCCUCAGCGAUUGCUAGUAACAAUCUUAGAGUACCUAAUCUUGCAACAGGAGCGAAAGUGUCAGAAAAGUCAACACCAUAGUUUAUUGAUUGAGCCAUCGGGAUUCAAUUUGGUUCUAAAUACCCACUCGACUCCAAUCACUUUUCUAUCGGUGGGUCUUUUUACCAACUUCCAUGUCUUAUUUUUGUCGAUCAUCAUGAGUUCUUCCUUCAUUGCAAUAACACAUUUUGGAUUCUUCCCAGCUUCCCAAAAAUCAUUUCGUUCAAGUAAAGUCACGUUGCAUCUUUGGUUAAUCUGGAACAGUGGCUACCUGAUUUCCUUCCCACUUGCAUUCAUCAUUUUCCAUGAAAUGCACAUCUCUACUUGUUAGAAUUUUCUUUGUGUUUGGCUGGAAAAUUCUAUAAGCCUUGGAGGUUGUGCUGUAGCCAAUGAAGAUCCCUGCUUGUGCUUUUUUAUCCAAUUUGUCCCUUUUAAUCUGAGGAACAUAAACAAAACACAAGCAUCCAAAUACUUUGAUCGGAGGUGUACUCCUUGCCAUUAUCAGACCUCAAAGCUCAAAUUUAUGGUCGCUUUGUGUUUCAAUCCAAUUUUUUGAGUUUCCAAAAUACACCAGUAGCCUUGCUCUGACUUGAAUUUGAGAAAGUAGAUCCAACACAUCCAGGAAAAAUCAUCAAUGAAGAUAAGAAAGUACCUACUUCCAUUGAGAGAUGGGGUUUUUUGAGGUCUACACACAUCUGUGUGUAUCAAUUGAAGCUUUUCAGUAGCUCUCUAGAUUGAUUGCUUGAAUAGAAGUCUCAAUUGCUUUCCUAUUGGCAAGUUCCACUAUCUAUAAUUUUGAGAUUCAAGGCAGGGAAGAGCUUGAACCAACUCCUUUCUUUGGAGGUUCACCACAGCUUUAUGAUUGAAAUGUCCUAGCCUUUUAUGCCAGACUUCAGCAUGGACUCCGACAGCGUUAUCAAUAGCGACCAUGGCGCCCGCUAUGGCGUUUGGCGAGGCGAGGCGUCCAUGUGUCGCCAUAGGUUCCAUAGCGACUGUAUAGCGACCAUAGCGAUCGGUGGCUUUUUUUUAAAUGGUAUAAAAAGGCCCGUAUUAGGGUUUUUUGUUGACUAAGUCAAAAUAGCAUCCGAUACAAGUCUCCAACGUUCGCUUCUCAGUCGCAUCUUUUUUCUCGACCGGUCGACCUUUAAUUGCGAUCGCCCCUCUUCUGAUCGGCAGUUCCUCUGUGAUUUCUCCGGUUCAGUGACUUCAGUCGACACUUCAAGUCUCCCAACUGACUUGCACCGGUCCUUCUCUCCAUCAGCUGCAAAGGUGUGUAUUUUUCCAUCAGCUUCAAGAAUCAAGCCUUCAACUGUAAAUCUUAAUACUCUGUAUGGGUGUAGUUAAUUGUUUAGUUAUGGGUUUAGUAUUACUUUAGUAUAGGUAUUAGUUUAAUGUUGUAUAUGAUACAUUGAUACCCUGAAUUUUUAAUUAAAGUUGUAUUGUUAAUGAAAGAUGCAAUGCAGGAA